AAAUAUCAGUGAAGAAAGACUCUGCUGUUAUUGAAUGUAUGUGACUGUAAAAAAUCAGCCAAAUAGUUAUUUACGUUGAAUGAAUAUCAUUGCAGCUACGCUUGCCAUUCUGGAAGUGUAUUGUGGAAUUAAUCUAAUCAUCAUUAUAUCUGCUAUUUUAUCGUGUAAACGUUAAUGACGUGUUUGACUGGCUUAGUAUCUCGGUACUUGAACACUUCACUGGUUGUUUGCUAGAGCUAAUCAUCUUAAAAUGUUAGCGAAGCUAACUAGAUAAACCUCGUGCACAUGCAGAUUCAUUUAUAUCUUCUGAAGGUGCACAUGACACUUCACUUGCCUGGAGCCCCCUGUCCGUUGAGUUAGGAUUACUAGCUAGCUAAAUGUCAACUGACACUGAGCAACCAUCCAGCUCCAGAAACAAGGUUGCAAAAAGCAGCUGGAAACUACUACAUGUCGAGGGCGACUUGUUUUCCUCCCCGGAAGAUGAGGCACUAGCCCACUGUAUCAGCGAGGAUUGCCGCAUGGGUGCUGGCAUUGCUGUCAUGUUCAAAAAGAAAUUUGGCGGAGUAGAGGACCUGAAGAAACAAAGUGAGUUUGGGUCUGAAUGGAGACUUGUAAAGACCACGUGUGAGAUGUCUAAAAUACAUACAAUGUCAAAACAAUCUUUUACAGAAAAGGAGCCUGGACAUUGUGCUGUAUUAAAAAGAGACAAACGUUUUGUAUACUACUUGAUUACUAAGGCCAAGGCCAGCCAAAAGCCCUCAUACAAAAGCCUCAAUAUGAGCCUGGAGGACAUGAGGUCUCAGUGUAUUCAACAUGGGGUAACCAAGAUAUCUAUGCCGCGAAUUGGCUGUGGCCUUGAUCGACUAAAAUGGGAGAAAGUGUCUGAGAUUCUGCAUCAGGUCUUCCAACACACAGACAUCUGCAUCACUGUGUACACCCUUCCUGAGAAACCAGAAGCCAAGGGGAAACCACAUCUACAAUAGAUACAUUUGUCAACAAAUUCAAGAAUUAACUUUCUAUCUGCAGGGGCGUUUGGAUUUGUCUUCCAUAUCAAUUUUGUGUAUGUAUAAUUUUAUUUUUUAUAAUGAAGGCAAUUGUGUUAUGAGCAUUGAAUCAAGGAUGUGUCAAACUAACUACGCAUACGGGGUAUAUCUUUUGACAGUUUUGCUUAGGAAUAGUUGCACAAUGAACACUAGAAUUUUUUUAUUUUUUAUUGUGUCCUCUAUUUUGUCAUUUGUUUUCCACAAAAUAAAUAAAUAUGCUUGUAUUUACACACAAUUAUUUUGUUUCAAGGAUUGAAUAUGUAAAUACUACACUGUAACCUGUUUGUAUACUUUCAGAAUAUAAAUAUAUAUAUUUUUUAAGUACAUAUAAUUUUUGUUCUUAUGCACAGUGCCUGUGCCUCAGCCGGUUAGGCGCACACACA